AUGGUGGUUCUCUUGAAAAAAAUUGUCCUGAUGUUGACGAUAUUGCCCCUGGCCUCUCCUUUGAUCUUGGAAAUAAGUGAAAAAACAGUGGGAGAAGAAGUUGAAUUGGAGUGCUUGAGCUGGAGGAUUAGUGUGGAGGCCAAUAAUAAUUUGAGUCAUUGGAAGCAAAUCCCAAAAGAGUGUGGAGAGUAUGUGAAGCGGUACAUGAGGAUUAGAGGCUAUGAAAGUGAUGUUGAGAAAGUUUGUUGGGAGGCCAAGAUGUACGCAAGGACUCUUAAUUUCACCAAACCCAAACACAAAUAUGCAUGGAUUUUCGACAUCGAUGAGACUCUGAUUUCAAAUAUUCCUUAUUAUCAUCACCAUGCCAUUUUACCAUUUUCGGGUCUAAGAACAAAACGGAAAGGGAGGCUCAGUUGGCUCUCGGCUCUUAAAAAGGGUCGAUUUAGCUGCUGUGAAACGAAUGGGCCGGCGAGGGCCGCCGCUGUUGUUCGGGCCGCUGAACGAGGGCCGACGGGGAUGCCACUGCUGUUCGGGCCGCUGAACGAUGGCCGACGGGGUGCCGUUGCUGUUCGGGCUUGUUCACUCGUUGGCUUAGGGCUUCUCGACUGCUGCACAAUUCGACGAGAAGAUGGAGUUGGGAUCGUGGGUGCUGUGUUGAAGAUGAAAAUGGGCCGAGUCUUGGACAAAAAUGGGCUUGUUGAUGUUAAAAGAUGA